CAGAGCUUCAGCUGCUGGGCGGUUUCUGAUCUGAAGGCUUCCAUACUACCUCUUCUGAAUGUCCAAAUACAAACUCUUCCUCCUUCGGCACGGAGAGGGAGCCUGGAACAAAGAGAACCGCUUCUGCAGCUGGGUUGAUCAAAAACUGAGUGAGAACGGUGUGGUGGAAGCUCAAGAAUGUGGCCGCCUUUUAAAAGAGAAUGGCUACCAAUUGGACCAGGUUUUUACCUCCAUACUCAGCCGUUCCAUCCACACUGCCUGGUUGGUGCUUGAGGCCAUGGGACACGAGUGGGUCCCUGUGACAAAAUCGUGGAGGUUAAACGAACGGCAUUACGGUGCCCUGAUUGGUCUCAAUCGUGCUGAAAUGGCAUUAAACCAUGGAGAGGAGCAGGUUAAACUGUGGAGGCGCAGUUAUGACAUCACUCCACCUCCCAUACAUGAGUCACAUCCCUAUUAUGCUGAAAUUUACAAUGACCGUCGAUACAGUACAUGUGACGUCCCGAAGGAGGAACUGCCCAAAACAGAGAGUCUAAAGGAAGUGUUAGACAGACUUCUUCCUUACUGGAAUGAUGUCAUUGUACCGGUGAUCAAAAGCGGCCAGACGGUCCUCAUCUCUGCACAUGGCAACAGCUGCAGGGCUUUGCUUAAACACUUGGAAGCUAUAUCUGAAACAGACAUCGUCAAUGUAACACUGCCCACAGGAGUACCUGUCCUGCUGGAGCUGGAUGAAGACCUUCGACCGGUCAAACCCCGUCAGCUUCUGGGCGACCAGGCCAAAAUUCAGGCAGCCAUUAAAAAGGUGGAGGACCAAGGGAAAGUUAAUGCGCAAAAUAAAUAGGGGUAGAAUGUUGGAGUCAUUUACACAGGAAAUAAUUAAAGAGAAAGUUACUUAGUCAGUCAGGCAUAUAGUACAGAGCCACCAGGUGAAGUUUGGCAAAUUCCAACACAAAAAGGCGUACCUGUGAUUAGCUGGUUUUAAAACUGGUUUAUGGUUAUAGUGCUAUUUUAAGAAACAUAAAGUGAGUCAAUAUUUUGAAGUUCCAAAAUGCAGACUUGGCACAUAUAUUUUGUUACAGCAAGAGGUCUGUAGACCAAAUAAUGAAGUAUAGUUAAAUAUUUUAAAAAUAAUUUAGUAAUGUGCGGUUAUUUUUUGUUAGAUCUUGAAUGGAUUCUUUUUUCCAAGGGAUUUUAGGUUACAGAAAACCAGAGGUGCCUUCCUUUUGAGGGUAAAAUAGAAGACACCAGUUGUGUUCAAAUAGAAUUUGUUUCUAAAGGUAUUUAAAAUUUAAAUAAGCUAUUUUAAUCAUAUUACAAAUAUGUUUUUAAUCAAUUUAUUGCAUCCUGAUUUUUUUUUCAAAAUAUUUAAAUUAAAUUUACUGACCUAAAAUGUUGUACGUUUUGGAAUAAUUCCAGAUAAAUAAACAUACAUUAUUCACUCCACUAUCCAGACUUUCCAAAACACAGACUAAACCUAAUCGAUGUGGAUUCUUAUUAAUAUUCAAAAAAUCUGCUUAUUAAUUAACACUUAGACUUCAUGUCUAAAGGAUAAUUUAUAAUAUUUUGUGUAAAUAGCACUGGUAGUAUAUUUUAGAUAUUAUUUAAGUUAUAUAAAAGGGACAUUUUGUUUUGAUCUGUAUUUAUUUAAUAUAGAGAUAUUAAGUCAUAAUAAGUUAUGUUCAGUUUUCUCAUGCAAUGCCAAAUGUAACCCAUACUACCAUUUUUUAUCUUGUUCUCAACCAGAAUGAACUUAUUAGCGAGUAAAACUAAGACAUACCUGUUGUUUAAAAUGUCCAUGUGGUGUCACUGUAAUCCCUGUAUUUAGUUUUUGUGUAUUUGAUGUUGCUCAACACUGUACUGUAUCAAUAGGGAAAUGUUGUAUGUUUGUAUUUUUGUUCUAACAGCCAUGAUGGCUUUCGCUGUUACAUAUGUCUAUGUUUACCCCUUUGUAUUUGACUGUGGCACAUCAUAGCUCAUUCACAUUAAAAGUUUGGAAUAAUUAAUUACAAAUUAAUAAUUGUUACAAAUUAAAAUGUCUGUUUGGGCCUUUAAA